AUGAUACCACCGGGUGAGGCAUUUGCCGAAAAAUACUUGGCCGUGACCACGACGGAAGCCUUCUACAACGCCACCCCUGAAGAAAGAAUCACCGCUGUUCUGGCAAUCAAGACACCUCACGAUGUCCGUUUCCUGAGCAGCUUCUUCGAAAAUCAAUGCAAGCUCCAUUCAUUCAAGCAGACAUCGGAGAACAGCUCUAUCGCCAUCUUCAAGUUCAAGGUCGCUCGAUACUACUGCAAUGGAUCCGGAAAUCUCCACGGAGGCGCGCACGCCACCAUCUACGACGUCUUGACCAGUAUGACCAUGCAAGGGAUCGGCAAACCCGGCGGCUGGGUCAAUGGCGGCGUGUCAAGGAGCUUGAGAUGCACCUAUCUAAGACCAGCUCCGGAAGGCAUUGAUGUGCUGUGCGAAGUCGAAUUCAUGCAUUCCGGAAGAUCGCUGGCUCUGAUGAGGGGUGUGAUGAAGCGUGCGGAUAAUGGCAAGCUCAUCAGUACUUGCGAACAUGAUAAAGCUUAUGUGCCAAGCAAGCCUGGAUGGGACAAGCCGAAGCUGUAG